CUCUAUAUGGCCUUUUAUUGCGUUUUGGGUCUCUUUUCUUCUCUUUCUCACUUCCAUGGCUUCUCAAUGAGUCAUGACCCAGCCCGAUCCCCACUCGGCUUGGCCCUCUUCCAGGCAAUUACUUCACCGCCGCAACAACCGCUCCAAUUCACGCCGCCGCAUACUCAGAACAGCUCCCUCUACUCCGCUCAUUCCCUGGAACUUCCGCCGCGGUUCUUCUUCUUCGUCGCCACCGCCUAAAGCUGUUCUUCGUUUCUCCGCCAGAAAACUCGCCGCCAGCCUCUGGCAUCUCCACUUUAAAGAAUUCUCUUUUGGCGCAUUUACUGAUAAGUCUCUGUUCACUUCACCAACUCGUGAUCGUCGUUCUUCUGGUCCCCUGCUUGAAUCUUCUUUGCCAUAUUCCAAUUGUGUGUUGAAGACAAAAAAUGGCAGCAAUGGUCGUUGCUCAAAAACAUCGAGUGGGGUUUACUACAUUUUAAGCAACCAAAAGAAUGAUCACAAACAGAAAAAAAGUAGUGGUGUGUCAAUAAUUUCAGCCCUGCAAACAGAGGUAUCUCAAUGCAGAUCCCGAAUUAGGGAGCUUGAGGCAAAGAAGUUGUCCUUAAAGAAGAAAGUUAAAAAGCUCUUGAGUAAGAUUCAAGAAGAAAGAAUCCCUUGGCAAAGAAUAGAACACCACAAAACUUGUGCUGUCAUUGGAGACUUAAUGAGUGAAUUGGCGAAGGAGAGGAAAAGCCGCCAGAGGAUGGAAAUUGUCAAUGCCAAGUUGGUGAAUCAGUUAGCCGAAAUCAAGUUGUCCGCGGACCAGUUGAUUGGGGAUUAUGAAGAAGAGAGGAGAAACAGAGAACUUGCGGAAGAAGUUUGUGAUAAACUUGCUGAAAGGAUAGGUGAAGACAAAGCUGAAGUUGAGAAAUUGAAGAUGGAAUAUGUUAAAGGUCGCGAAGAUUUGGAAGAAGAGAGGAAGAUGUUGCAGUUGGCAGAUGUUUGGAGAGAAGAACGAGUUCAGAUGAAGCUGGUUGAUGCAAAGCUUGCUCUUGGAGAAAAGUUUGAGGUGAUGAACUCACUGAUCUUAGAAUUCGAGAGUUUCUUGAGGUCAGCUUGUGGAUCCUUAAAUGAGAUGGAGUUAAGAGAAGCAGAAAGGAUCCUUAAAGUAGCAGUGAGAUCAUUGAGCAUUCAAGAUCAAUUGGAGGAAUUCUCAUAUGUUCCUCCCAAAUCAAAUGAUAUAUACUCUAUAAUGGAGGAAUUGCAGGAAUGUUAUGCCAAUGAGGAAAAAGCUGGACACUGCAGUAGUCCUAAUGAGAUCAAUGGUUGUAACAAGAACCUUGUUCAAUUGUAUAUGAAUUGCCUCAGCGACUACAACAGCGUUAUAGAUGAAGGUAAAACCAGAUCUUGUGCAUCCAUAAGUUGCACAAAGGACAAGUGCUCUUCUCAUUCACUAGAAACUUUGAAUUCCUCCCUUACAAGAGUUAACCAUAGCAGAAUUGGAAGUAAUGAAGAUGCAGUGAAAUUGUGCUCUCCAAGUUCAGUAUCAAGAAAGAAAUCGAAGCGAAAUUCAUCAUCUAUUGCGAAGACUUUGAGAUCAGCUCAAAUUCACAAGAGUGUCUCUGGUGAUGAGAGUGAUAGAAGAGUUUCAAAUGGGACAAUGCCAUGUGCGAAACUGCGGUCAUCACCAACUAGGGGUGAGCCGAAAAGAAGAGCACAAUGGAUCUCAGCAAAAUUGGUGAAUCCACACAUAACUAGAGGGAUGAAGGGGCGCAUUGAAUGGCCACAAUCACAAGCAAUCCAAAACAAUGUUGUGAAGACCAAACUUCCACUUACUGAAGCAACAAUUGAAAGCCAAAAAUCACAGUUGCGCCACAUUCUUAAACCAAAAGUUUAGGUGAAUUCUGUUCUCAUUUGUUUUGGUUAUGUGUAACAAUUUAGCCAGUCAUGAUUCAUCUCACAAUUUGUUUUUAGGGUAUUACUACAGAGAAAGCCAUCUUCAAUUAAACACAAAACUACACACACAUCUCUCUCACUCUCUCUCUACAGUCUAAAUAUGUAUAAUAUUAUGUAUGAUUUAAGCUUCAUAAAAAGUAAUAUAUCUCAUUUGCUAUA